AUAUAUAGCACACCGCUACUCAAGAAACUCAUCUAUCGUUUUGGUUCAACUAGCUAUUCUACCAGUUCAGCGAAAAACAAAACCACAUAUAUAUACUAGUUGGAUCACAUUUGAGGACUCACAACCAUGGUAGAAAAGGAAGUUACCAUAAUGGUGCUGAAGGUGGACCUUAAGUGUCAUCGAUGUUAUAAGAAGAUCAAAAAAGUUCUGUGCAAAUUUCCCCAGAUAAAGGAUCAGGUGUAUGAUGAGAAGAAAAACACGGUGACUAUCAAAGUGGUGUGCUGCAGUCCAGAAAAAAUAAAGCAAAAAAUAAUCUGCAAGGCUGGAGACUCUCUUAUUAGCAUCGAGAUCAUCAAAGUAGUCAAGCAACCCCCCACCGAAACGGAGCCCUCUAAAAUUGCUCCAACAAAUGAAAACAAGGACAAAGGAAAUCAAAGUGGUAAUAAAGGGGUCACGCCGCGUAGCCCAGAGCCCGUUCCUAAAUGUAAUGUUGAGGUUGAGGUGGAGAUUGAGUUAGUAACGCCGCCACAUAGUUGCCCAGGCCAGUUUCGUCAAAGGUGUAAGGAAUAUUGUUCGGAUGGUCGACCAGGCGGACCAUGCUGCUCUUGUCAAGGUAGCCAUUGCCAACGGCCUCAACCUGCUGCACCAUGUCAUCAAUGCGAUGGUUGCUGCCAGUGCCACUGGCACUGGGGAAGACCAGCAGCUGCGCCGUGUGACAGGGGCUGCUACUUAGUCUACUAUGAAGAACGAACUGCCGAACCCUGCUUAAUCAUGUAAUUUAAAUUAUUAUUUAUAUGUAUUUUUAUUUUUGGUGCAAAUAAUAAGAGACACUAUAGCUAGUGCAUGCUUGUGUGGUAAUUUAAAGCUAGUUGCUACUUUAUGUGUGAGUUUAGGUUUAUAAUGAUUCAUUGUUGAUCAUGACGAUUCAUAAUUACCUCUUCGUCGAUCGUACGUGUUCACAUUAACAAUGGUGGUCCAACUUGUUUGUUUGAGUUUUAUAUUUGGUUUUUCGUACUAUUCAAUAAAACAAAAUAAAAAGUAUGAGAUAAGAAUGUUUUC